UGUAAUUUUGUUUUUGAGUUUAGGAGCAGCUACGACUAAUAGCUAGCUGUGCUCAGGGCGAGUUGCUGACCAUCAUAAACAUUUUCAUAGCAACGCGACAGUAAAAUUUGUCUUGUUGUUAAACUCGUAUCAGUUGCACUUUAUAAAGCUACUGUUAGGGGUCCCCUGUAUCGGGACCAGGCCCGAUGCGGCUGCUGCAAAAAUGUCAGCAGCUUUUGCGUGGAGCCUGUGUAGCUGCAGACCAGGGCUGUGCAUUUAGUCCGAGCGGCGUUAAGCACUGGGAGUCGGCCGUGCAGCAGCUUGGACGAGCUGGCAGCCUUGCUGAUGGGAGUCGCGACCUCGCAAGUCUUGCACCGUGGCAGCAGCUGCGCUAUCUUAGCCUGUCAACUGGGAGUACGCUUUCGGCUUCAUCCAACAGCAUUCAGCCUGCUUCUGGAUUGCCUGCGUCGCUAGCCCUGCCUUGGGCAGUGUCGCAAGUCAGGGGCUUGUUCGGCGCGCGCAAGCCUGCGCCACCCAACCCCCAAAUUCACACCCACGACAAGUACAAGUUUACAUACAAGCAGCCUACCUACGACUUCCUCCAAGGUCGCUUCGUGGUGGACCGCAAUGACGUCAUCUGGCACCGCCAGGCCAAUUACCGCCACGCGCGCUACGCCAAGACCGCCUCGCAGCUCACCCGACUCAAGCGCUGGAAGCCGCUGGCCGCAGCCUACGCCGCCAAGCUGCACAAGGUGGGGUUCCGGAGCCGCUACUGGGCGGCGCCCAACCCUCAAGAGGUGCCUGGCUUCCAUGACCCCAGCGGCAAGGACACGCGGCAGCGGCGGCGGUCUGCGGUGCCGGCGCUGAACCAGACGACGGGCGACCCGGCGCUGCGGCAGAGCUGGAAGACGCCGAACCGCCAGAAGCUGCGGUGAGGCGGGCCGGAGGAGUUGCUGGUGCUGUUGUUGGUGCGGUGAGGAGAAGGAGGAGGAGGUUAGGAGGAGGAGCGGGGGGCGGGGGAGGUUAGGAGGAUGCGUUUGUCGUAGCAGAGGACAAGGCGGUGUUUAGCUGCAGGGCUCAGGAGGACGAGCGUUCUGGGUGGAAGAUGAGUGGGGCAGAGGAGGGGCUGUGUAACUGUGGAGGUUGGAAUAUUGUGGUGGUUGAGGGCAGGGAUGAGGGGACAUGCGUUGGUUGAAGGCCGCGACUGCGGCGGGAAGAGUCAGGGUGGGAAGGAAAAAUUAUAUACUUGAAACAACGAGUCCCAAUCCCAUAUCCCGACUCAUGCAGUGAGCGCAUUCGGAGACUCCAUCAGGGUGGGAGGGAGGUUAAGGCAAGCCAACGUGGUGGGGGGCUUUGCAUGGAUGGGAUAAGGGCGCCUGCGAAAGGAGGAGACACGGUUGAUGCUCCAACACGGUGUUGGGCUAGCAGGAGGCAGGUGUGUUAUGCGGUAUGGAGGUGAUGCGGUUACAUGGAGUGCUGCACAGUGCAGCAGGUGUCGCCGCGGGCAGUGUUUUGAGCAAGUCCAACUUGCAGUAAGGUUUCCUGCACUGUUUUGUAAAGUCGAUUGCUUACCUCCCC